UUUAACCAUGGAGGAAGUAGUGUUGCUGUCGCUGUACAUCGGUUGUUUGGUGAGAAAGGUGAAGAAGUCGCGAAAACCAAGAACACAGUGGAGCCGGGAGUGGUUGCUUAAGAGGAAGGAUUUCUCUCAUGUAAAAUUGUUGAAAGAAUUACAAAAUGAACCAAAUGACUGGCGAAAUUAUUUGAGAAUGGACGAAGAGACCUAUGUUGAGCUGCUAAGUUUAGUUUCUCCGUUUAUAGCGAAAUGUGAUACUGUUAUGAGGAAAGCGGUAUCUCCCCACGAAAGACUCUCUGCUACCUUACGAUUCCUUGCCACUGGAAGAAGUUUGAAGGACAUGGAAUAUUCAACUGCCAUUUCUAGACCAGCCCUCAGCAAAAUAAUCCCGGAAACAUGUGAGGCUAUCUACGAAGUAUUAAAACAAUACAUACAGUUUCCUAAAACAGCAAGUGAGUGGUUAAAAAUCGCUUCAGAUUUUGAUGAGAAGUGGCAAUUUCCUCACUGUUUGGGGGCGAUCGAUGGAAAGCAUGUCCGGAUUGUUCAACCCAAGGAUAGCGGUUCCUACUACUUCAAUUACAAAAAGACACACAGUAUAGUCUUGAUGGCUAUAGCAAACGCUCACUGUGAAUUUAUAUAUUGUGAUGUAGGAACGAACGGUAGAAUAUCUGAUGGAGGCGUCAUAAACAACACUCUUUUCUAUGAAAAACUUGUAAAUAAGCAACUGAACAUUCCUGAACCUGAACCAGUUACCUUCGAUCUUCAUCUGGAAUAUGUAUUUGUGGGGGACGACGCCUUUGCAUUGCGCCCUGAUCUUAUUAAGCCAUACAGCCGGGAUUCCCUUAACAACGAGAGAAAAAUUUGCAACUAUCGCAUAUCGAGGGCACGGCGAGUGGUUGAGAACAGUUUUGGAAUUUUAGCUUCACGAUUCUGCAUUUUUCACACCGCAAUAAACUUAGAUGUGGAAACCAUUGAAUCAGUAGUUCUUGCGUGCUGUGCUUUGCACAACUUAUUGCGAAAAAAAUCAGCCACCUACACCCCUCCUGAUAGUUUUGAUCAUGAAAAUAUUAUCGAUGAUACUAUUCAACUAGGUGCAAGGGCUCAUCCCGAUUUGCUACACAACCUGCAACGUCGUUCAGGAGGUCAAGUUUUACAACACGCGAAAACUGUUCGAGAAAGGUCUGUAUGUAUUUUAACGGUGAGGGGUCAGUUCCUUGGCAAGAAAAAUUUGCACUUAACGCUUGAAAUUAACAGUUCUAAAGUUAAAGCAUACUAUACAAACACUAGAUUGAAUAAUUUGUUUUAUUAUUGUAACAAUUCAACCAAAUCAUUACACUAUUUAUGCUAUUAAUAAAUUGCAUUUUUACUUA